AUUGUCUAAACUGGAAAAAUGUAUUGUUGGGUAUUUUCAAUAUCAUGUUCAUGUAGAUUUUGAUUACUAGUUUAUAUUAAUAUUGUAUCAUCGAUUUUCCAAAAUGAGUGUGAAGGCAAAACAAAAAAAGUUCAAAGAGGACCUGUCAUCAAUACCUACAAUGCUGGAAAACAACCCAGCUAUCGACCAGACACAUAUCCCAAAUCAGAUUAUACUUAUAAAAACUGAUUUGAUGUCUCAAGACGAAAUUAUAAGGAAGAGAGCACUAGAUAUGUUGGAAUCUUUGUUAAAUCAAAAGACCCUAGAGGUGCAGACUGAAAUAGUGAAACUCUUGAAUGAAGACAGUGAAAAUGAGAUCUUUCAUUCCUUGAUUGGCAAGUCUGUGAAGAAGGAGAUUAUUGAUAAUAUCAUGAAAGCCCAGAAUUUCACAGAUAUUCUUUUACCUUGGCAAAAUCUAAAUACAAUGAAGCUGAACAGUUUGUUGGAGGAUGUAUUCUCAAAUGAACUUCCUAAAGAAAAGUGCAAGUAUUUUUUCAUGAGCAAAGUUAUUCCUGCUAUGAUGUUACUGAAUACAGAGAAAACACUGAGGAAUACAUACAUUGAAAUUGCAUUUUUACUCUCCAGAAUCAUACCUAUCUCAGAGUUAACAGCAGAGGAACUGGAGAAGUUCUUGAAAGAAAUAAAUACCAAAUAUAUAGGUGCCAUAAGUCAACUUCGUGAUUCGGGUUUCUUGAAUUGGCACAAAUUGUGGAUAUUUUUGGUGAGAUUUUGCGAUAAAAACAUCCACAAUUCAAUGGAUCUAACGAAUCGCCUGCUACGAGUCGUAGAAUUCGCAUUCAGAAAUUCUUCGGUUGAACAGAGACUCAAAGGAUAUGAUUGUUGGAAGGAACUAAUUGACAAUGCAAGUUUAGACCAAAACCACAUUUGUAGUUCCAAACAGAUCAAACUUUUAAUUACUCCUCUUCGUGCCAAAUUUUCCAAACAGGAAGUGGUAAUCUGCAAAAGAUUCGACACUUUUGUCUAUCUCUUAGAAAAACUUCAACAGAAAGCCAUGCUCUGCUUGCCAGAAUUUUUGGAAUUCUGUUUCGGUUCUAUUGGAGACAAUAAAAAUUGUUCUAGAAGUGGUCAAGGAAGAAGCAUUCCACAGUUGUGGAUCAAAAGUACCAAAGUAUUAGUGGAAAUUAUAGGGCACAGUCAUGGCAAUUCUAUAGAUUGUCUGAAUACAAAAGAUAUCAUCAAACUGGAAGAACCUAUUAUAAAUCAUAGAAAUAUACAGACAUGUUACAAGAUUAUAAUAAACUCGGUAUCAGAAAGUUGUAUAUUACUUAAGGACGUGGAAAUGGAUUCCAAAAGGAUGGAGGUAAUCAAAUGUAUGUGGGUAACCGUCUUCGACCUAGUUGUACCUGCAUCAGAGUCAAAUAGAGAGAAGUAUUUUCAGAUUUUGUCAGGUGUUCUUGACAAUUUCAUAAAUCAAAGUACUUCGAAUCCUUAUUUUCAAGACCUAGUCGUACUUGUAUUCACGGUUUUGAUGUCUUUUGAUAAGGAGUUGAUUUGUGAAUGUAUCAAAUUGAUACUAUUACAACUUUUAACGAUUUUAUUCACCAGCAAUAACAUCCCUGUCAAUAUUUCGGAAAAUUUCAAACAAGCACUAAUGCAUUCGUUUUCAAAGAUUAUUCAAGAGGAAGAUAAAGUCAAGAUGAUGAAUAUCAUUAUGAAUUGCUUUGCAAAUUUGAAAUCCCACGAAGAGAACAUUUCUAACAUGGCCAAAAUUUGGUUAUUUUUAGCUUCUGAAUUAAUUUCCGAUUUGAAUGUUGAAAAAAUCGAGGAAUUUUCAAAAUUGAACGAGUUUUUCCUGUGGCCUGCACUGAACAUGCAUCGAAUGGAAGAAACCAGCAAAAAACUAAUUACUGUUAACUGGCUGAAGAUUUACAAGAAACUGUGUCAAGACUGUGAAGUUAAAAAGUUGCAAGUAAUGAAAGACCUUGAAAAAAUUUUCAAAAACAAUCCGCUUUUGUCUUCAAACGUCAUAUCUCUCCUAAAUAUCAUGUCACAAUUCGAAACAAAAUUUACUCAAGACUUCGUUAACAAACUGAUGAAUGUGUCUUCACUGAUUCUCGUACUUCCGAAUCUAAAGUCUGAAGAUGAGCACAAAAUAUCCACACUUGUAAUGCAAUAUUUUGAACCAGCAUUGGAGUGCUACAAAACCGAAAAUGAUGAAGUAAUUAAAAAUGUUAGUUUGUCCAUUGAACAUAUACUGAAGAUUCAUGGAGGCUUCAGAAUAUUGGAACCACUUACAAAUUUCCUUAGACAGUCCCCAAAAGAGAUGCGUACCAAGUACUCCAAACAUUUGGAAAACCUUCUAUUGGAUCUCUAUAACAAAGAAUCAGACGUUAAAAGUUAUAAUGCAAAAGAAUUAUCUAAAGUCCUAGCAGUUUUCAGUGAAAAAGAAGAAGAUACCGAGAAAAAAACCUUCGUCAUACCUACUGGUAGAUCCGCACGUAUUGCCAAUCUGGCGAAAAACUCCCCAAAAUCACCUAACAAACAAACUAAAGCCGUUGCAUCCCCUACUACCCUAAGACUUUUUGGCAAAGACUUGGAUACUAUGUCACCACUAAAACUGAAAGGAAGCCAACUCAAUAACACUCCUCCUAAAAAAAGUAAAAUUGCUAACACUGGACCGAUCAAAUCAAGUACCAAACCAUCUAUCAAUGAUGAAAGCUCUUCAGAAUUCGUCGAAAUUAAUACUGAAAUCGAAUUGAAACCAGAGAAACUGAGUGACCACCAACGGGAAGUGAUGAAGAAGAGAAGAGAAGAUAUACCAGCACUUUACCAAGAUCUGUCUCAGAGCAUGAGCCAGGAUAUGUUUAGUUCUAAGUCAAACUCAAAAGAAGCAAUAGCAGCACCAAAAGUGGUAGUGGAAUACUUUGAACCUAUUUCAAUAUCAACUGAGAAGAAUGACAGACAUUGGGGUAUCAUGGCUGAAGAAAAACAUAAUAAAAUCAUUGACAAUAUUGAGGAAUGUCAGGAAGCAUCCAAACUAACAAAAAGUACAGAAAAUUCAGAGCCAGACUUGUUUUCAAAGUUGAACUCAGAAGAAGCAAAAGCAGCACCAAAAGUGGUAGUGGAGUACGUUGAACCCAUUUUAAUAUCAACUGAGAAGGAUGACAGACAUUGGGGUGUCUUGGCAGAAGAAAAACAUAAUAAAAUCAUUGACAAUAUUGAGGAAAGUCAGGAAGCAUCCAAACUAACAAAAAGUACAGAAAAUUCAGAGCCAGACUUGUUUUCAAAUGCUUCAAAUGAUCCUAUAACGCACAAGUCCCAAUCUAGUGACAUUAUUUCAGCUUCUGACAAUGAAAUUCCGGAAGAGGAAUCAACAAGUCAGCCGGGUGAAUCAAACAUGACAAAAAUAGAGCAAAAAAUAUCAGCUGAUUUGUUUAGUGAUGAGAAUCCACUCCCCAGUUCAGUUACCAAAAAAGCAACAACUGGUAUAACGAAGAAGAAAAUCGAAGAAGAUGCUGAAGAAAAGAAAAAGAGGAAGAUGGAAGCUGAAUUAUCAAAACUGAAGAUGGAUAUUGUAGGAGCUGCCGAGUUUGUGGGGGCUGGCAGAAGAACCAGGCUCAAAGAAAGGCUGGUGAAGCCUGAAGAAAACACGAGAAAUAAAACUUCACCCAAGUCGGAAAAGGGAAGGAAAUCUCUUAGUCUGGAAAGAAAUGACCGAGGAAAUGACUUGAAAGUUGCCAUGAAUAGAAGAAAGUCCGUUGGGGCUGUAAUAACUGGAUCAUAUCUCGGCAGUGCUUCCUCUCAGAGUGAGAGCAUCCCAGAGAGUAAUGAUACUCAACACCAAGAAAAUAAAAUCGAUGGAGAAAUAAAUGAGUCUUUGAAGCAAUUUAAUAAUAACCCACAAGUCGAAAUCAAAUCGGCCUUGAACGAAAUUAAUGAUAAAAAAGAGACACCCGUGUCCAGUAGAAGAGUUCGUAAAACAAAGCAAGCAACUCAAAAAAUAUCAAAUGAAAUUAAGAAUUCAAUGAAAUCUUCACAAUUGUUUGUUGAAAUAGAAGUUGGUGAAGAUAAAAGCUUGAAGAAGGAACUUAUUCAAGAAAAUGUUGCUCAAGUUGAAAUGAUAAGAAACAGGAAUAGAAAAUCCUCUGUGAAGAGAAAGGCAACCAGGAAAAAUGAGAAAGAAGAAAAUAAAAUAGACAUUGAAGGACCUGUCGCAAUUGUCAAUGAAUUAUAUAAAAAGAUUGAAGAUAUCCCAGAAUCUAAUGAAACUUUACAGAAAGUCGAUGAAUCUUCUCACUGCACACCACAAAGGGGACAAAAGAGGAAAUACAGCACCGACGAUGAUGAUGAAGAUAUCAUACAAAGCUCACAGGAAUCUGCAACAAAGCUCACACCCCUCCUGAAUUCCUCAAAGAAAAAACUUUCGAAAAUAAGCCUUGAACAAAACAAUGAAGAAAGUACCAUGGUUCAAGAAAAAACUGUCACAGCAGCAGAUUUUGUCGUGGACGAAAAAAACGUUUCCGACGUGCCGAUAGUAGAAAACCAGGACUCUAUCAAAGUACCAGUAGUGGUUAUUGAAAAAACUGACGUAAUUAAAAAUGUUGACGUUUUAUUGACAAUGGAGGCACAAACUGAAGAUUUGCUCAAAGAAUAUGAUGAAGCAGUAAAUACACAAGAUCUAGUAAAAGAAAUGCAGGAAGAACAAACUGAAGAAGUGACGAAGUUGUACGAAGAAUCAGAAGAUGUCACUUCACUUGAAAUUGCCUUGAAGCAAUUUGCUACCUUAGAGAAAGAAAUUGAAGAAUCAGGAAAGAAAUUAAAGGACGUCAAAGAUGAGAACGGAGUUCUGGAAGACUCUGAGGUAGAUAAAGAGAUAGUUGCAGAGGUACCAUUGGAAGCUAAUACCACCCAAGACACUACUUUAACUCAUGAAACCACCCAAGAUUCCAGUGUAAUCCAGGAUUCCACUCAAGAUGAUUUGCCGAGUGGGAUACAAGACACUCAAACUCAACCUCAGAUGACUCAAGAUACUCCAACGCAGGAUAGCCAUGCAAUAUAUUCUUCAGAAGAUGCUGGACCACCCGUCUUGUACUUCGAUUUGCCAAAGAAGCCCAAGCUGACAGAAUCAGAGCAAAUGAUGUGCAGAAUGGAUACCAUGUCUAUCUGCCUGCCAAACGACUCGGCAGCGGUCGAAGAACCGUUAGGUAGUAGGCAGAACCAAGAGGAGGUGGAACUAACAAUGGCAUCCAAUGGCAAAGAGGCGGAGUCUAUUGAGGAUAUUCUAGCUAGUCCUAGCACUGCCAGUCCCCCAUCAUCGACUACUCCAAGUACUCCGAGUCCAAGGUCAUCGAAUCUUCCCUCUUCUCCCGUUACCGUAGACACACCCAAUAGGACGAGCGAAUUGCUGGACAAUACGAUGGACAUAUCUCCCAUAAACUCGAAAACCAGUUCGCCUGUUUCUGAGGUUUCGGCCGAGAUACCGAAGGCCAUCGCGAUUUUCUUUAGAGAGGAAGACGAGGAGGUAGAAGAGAAAAGUGAGGAGAAGGAUGUGGAGAAUCAUUUGGAGGAGGGCUCUUCGUUCUCCGACGAAUGCGAAACAGAGGACGCCCUGGUCUUCGAGAACCCACCCGACAAAACACCAGACGCGCGCAAACCCCCCCUCCUCAGACCCGAAAGCAAAGACCACGCCCCGCCCAAAGACCACGCCCCCACCUACUCGAAGCCAAUGAACGCCGUCUCGCCGGUGCCGACCAAGCUGUUCCUGAAGCGGAGAGGGGGCGGAGUGGGCGUGGUCUGCUCCCCGUCGACGGGGCGUAUCAAGCGGCUCAUGUCGCACUUCGGGCCGAAGAGGGCGAUGGGCGGGCCUGCGGAAGAGGAGGAGGAGGAGAUCGACGAGGGCGACAUCUUGCGGUUCACGCGCGACAUCCCGAGCCCGUUGGCGGUGCCGAGGAGCGGGAUCUUGAAGAGGAAGCUGUCGGAUGUUAGUGACGGGGACGGGUUUUCUCCGUGCGCAAAGCGCAAACGGGUGAACUUCAGCGACCCCUGCCUCACCUCCAAGAAGAUCUUCCUCAAGGACGACUAUAAGCCCAGCUUGGAGGCGAAGCGGCUGUUCGACCCGGUCUUGCCUUCGAGGCCCGCCCAGGACGAGCUCAAGGACAUCUUCAAUGGCGCCGAGGAAAUUAAUUCCGAGAGCGAGUGUCUGGAGACGGAACCCAGUUUGGAAAUCAUCAACCCGAUGAUCUUGCGGAAGGACAGGCCGAUCUAUCCAAAGCUGGUGGAUUGCAAGGAUGACGUGUUGGUCAUUCUGAAGAGGGUGACUAGUCCAAUAUUCAUAACCGCUAUGACGAAUAAACUCAAAACCAAAAACAUCAAAACGAUAGGUGACCUUGCACAACAGUCUGAAUCUGAGAUCAACCGAAUCCCCUUCAAAGUUCCUGUAGUCGCUAACGUCUACAAAGCGUUAGACAGCUACUACAAAAUGAAGAACGGGGUUACCGCAACAGAGCCGAAUUCCAUUCCGAAGUUGAACGGGAUCAGAGAAGUCGAGAAAAAAGCGGAAACUGUUGAGGUUCAAAAAGUAGAUGUUGCCACUGAAAUGAGGAGUUUAGUAGAAAAGGCCAGCAAAGAGAAUAACACACUGGAAGAUUUGGCCAAGAUCCUGCUCUCCUCCAUGGACAAGCAAAAAAUCAUAGGUCUGGUGAAAAAUCUGGACUCUCCAAUUACCGUCGAAGAUUUCAUGGAGGAAACCAACCACAACCAAGUCCUGAAGCGCAUUCUGGACCAAAAAGACCCCUCUGAACUGUUGGAAAACAUCCAUCAAAACAUGAAUCAAGCCCAACGGGAAAAUCUACCGUGGGAAAAAUUGUUGAGGGAUAGGCCAGUGUCAGAUUUGAAGAGAGGUAUCACGGAGGCCAUAGAGCAGAAGUUGUUCAGUAGGACUGAGAUCAUCGAAAACUGCUUUCUACCUCUUAUCCAGACCCCUAGCGAUAUUGCUGGCUAUCUGAAAUCGUUGUCUGUGUUGGAUUUCGGGGAUGUGGUAGUUGAAAGGUUGGAGAACGAAAAUGCCGCGGAGUUUUUCUGCAGGAUCAUGAAAAGUCACCACACUUUCACGCCGGAGGUGUUGAUGAAAACGCUUUGCGACAGCCAGGUUUUGGCACGGAAAGAUCUGUUGAGGUCGUUUCAGGUGUGUUUGGAGGCUCAAAGCGACGAGAGUCGAAAGGAAAUGAUGGUGGAGAUGUUCAGUUUUAUCAGUGAGAAUUUAGAUUUAUGUACUCUUGGUAGUUUUCAUGUGGACUUUAUUAAUAAGUUGAUGAGUAAGGCCAAGUAAGUUUAGGUACUAUUUUCGUAUUACAUUUUUAUAAAGACUGUAUUGUAUAUAUUAUUUCAUUUUAAUUUAUGGAACUUACAUAGUUGAAUAAAUAGAACUU